UAUUUUUUUUUAAAAAAUUUCCUUUAUUUUCGGGAUGGCAUAUAAGUAUAGUUCAAAAAUAACCAUAUUAGAUAAACCAAUAACUAAACUUAGAUCUGAUAUGGCCAUAUCAACCUUUUAUUUAUUAUUUUCCGAAAUGGUGCAAUAUAGUCAAAAUCGUUCAAAUUCUGUUAUUGAGUUGCAGCAAAAAUUGGCUGAUAUGGGUUAUAGAGUUGGUCAAAGAUAUUUAGAACUCAUGUAUAUUAGAGAGAAAAAUUACAAAAGGGAUAUUAAGUUGGUACCUUUAUUGAUUUAUAUCAAAAAUAAUUUAUGGAAGCAAUUAUUUGACAAAGAAGCUGAAAAAUUGGAGCAUGCAAAUGAUAAUGAAAAUACAUAUUACAUCAUUGAAAAGGAAAGUUUUGUUAACAAAUAUAUAUCUGUCCCAAAAGAUAAAGGCAAUUUAAAUUGUGCGUAUUUUAUAGCUGGAAUAAUACAGGCAUUUUUAUAUGGCUGCAAUUUUCCAUCAAAAAUAACUGUUCAUUGGCACAAAGGAGUCACUUUUAUGAUAGUUUUUGACGAAAACAUUAUAUCCCGAGAAAAAAUGAUGGAAAAAUAAUUCUUAAUUUAUAAAUUAGUCAUUGUGAUAAUAUUUAAUAAUUUAUUUUUAUAUAAUUAAUAAAUAUUAUUUUCUAAUAAACAUUAUAUGUGUAUAAAAUUGUUUUAAAACAUAAAAAAAAUAUUGGGUCUUAUAAUUCUUAUCAAAAA